AUGGACGAGAAACAGCUACCUGGUACAACAGUUGUUCCGGUGGCUUCGGCCGUUGAUCUUGAUGUAAAGAUCAAGACUAUUGCCGAGAAGACGAAGAAGAUGACCGAGGAGGACCUGACAAUAAGAGAGGCCCUGAAGAAAUAUCCUAUGGCAUUGUUCUGGGCAUUGUUCAUGGCUCUCGGUAUCGUCAUGACCGGUUAUGAUCAGGCGUUGAUCUCAACCUUUUAUGCUCUGCCUUCUUUUGCCAAAAAAUAUGGACAGCCCGACGGGGACGGUGGAUACGAGAUCACAGCCGCAUGGCAGACUGGCCUUAGUAUGGGUUCUCCUAUUGGGCAAGUUCUUGGCCCAUUGCUCUGUUCAUGGCCCAUGGAGAAAUGGGGAAGAAAGAACACAAUGAUUUUUUCGUGCAUCCUUGUCACGGGAUUCAACUUUAUUCAAUUUUUCGCCAAAAAUAUUGGCACCAUCUGUGUCGGUGAGAUGAUUGCAGGUGUCGUCUGGGGUGUGUUCGUGGCUCUUUCGCCAACCUAUGCUGCUGAAAUUGCUCCUCUGCCUCUGAGACCAAUUGUCUCUUCCAUCAGUAACUUGGCUUUUGUUAUUGGUCAGUUCACCGCCCAGGGUGUUCAAGCUGGCUGCCAGAACAUGACCACUCAAUGGUCUUACCGCAUUCCAUUUGCAGUCCAAUGGGCAUGGCCUGCCAUAAUCUUGGCCGGUAUUUUCUGGUGCCCUGAAUCUCCAUGGUGGCUUGUGCGUCAAAACAGAAUUAGCGAUGCCAAAAUCUCAUUGACGAAAUUAGGAUGGGAUACCGAGGAGGGAUCGCAAACAGAUGAGCUGAUUGAACUCAUGAAAGAAACAAACGAUCUCGAACAGGAAGUUGAAGCCGCCGCUAGUUAUGCCGAGUGUUUCAAAAAAGUGAGCAUCAGAAGGACAGAAAUAUGUGUCGGAGUGUUUUGCGCGCAGGUUCUUGUGGGAAACUGGUAUGUUAGUUACCUAACUUACUUUUUCGAACUGGCUGGUCUCACUACUAAGAAUGCCUUUGACCUAGCUGUUGGUGUCAAUGCCAUUGGUUUCACCAUGACGCUGCUCUCGUGGCCCCUCAUGAGGUACGUCGGAAGACGUCCAAUAUUCCUGUUCGGUUGUGCAGGUCUAGGUGUAGUUCUCAUCAUAAUGGGUGGAUUGGACUCGGCACCAAACUACCUCAAAGAUAGUGGACUUAGAUGGGGUGAGGCCGUUAUGAUGGUUUUCUGGCAGGCCAUUUACCAGAUCACCAUUGGCCCUCUCACUUUCGUAAUCCUGGGUGAAAUACCAUCUACUCGUUUGAAGAGUCGUGUUAUCGCCUUGAGUCUCGCUUCUUCGUCAUUAUGCGGCAUUGCUUUUGGUGCUGGUCUUCCAUACAUGUUCGCAGAUGGAUGGAGAGGCAAAACUGGUUUUCUAUUUGGCGGUCUCAGCUUCAUCCUCACCGUGUGGACGUACUUCAGACUACCAGAAACUGCAAAUAAGUCUUUCCAGGAGAUUGACAUUUUAUUCGAGCGUGGAGUUUCUGCGAGACAUUUCGCAUCCUUCGAUGUUACCAAACUUGAUGAGGAGACCGCAUCUAUCUGA